GACCAGCGGGGACCAGUUUUUAACCAUUAAUAUAUCCAAUGGUUGACCAUCUAAUAAAAUAAAACAAAAAUAUUAUUUAAAAACAAAAUAUAUUUAUUAUGAAUAUUUAUUACCAAAAAAAAAAACAAAACUUAUUGAUAAACAAACAUAAAUGAUUUUUUCUAUUAUUCAAAAACAGCUUUGGAAAACUUAAAUUUUAUGCGGUUUCCAGCGGUUAUUGUGGUUGGUGUUUCUAAUUUUUUAAUUAGUUUGCAUCUAACUUAAUUUUUUUAGAUACAUUGCUUAGCGGUUCUUCAUCAUCGCUACUAAAAUGUUCAGUUGAUAUAUCAUCUAUACUGGAUCCACUAUCCUGCCAUUCAUCAUGGACACUUCCUGAACUCUCAGCAUAUGUUGCUUUUCUUUGUUUUUUGUUAAAUAUUUUUGGUUUAGCUGUUUUAUUCUGAACUUGUUUUUCCUCUUGUAACCACUUUAAAGAAGCUUUCUCAUUUUUUAUCCUUUCUUUAUCAGCUUUAUCUUUUCUGCUUUUCUUCAUGGUACUGCAACCACUUUAGAGAAGUAGGUGCGUAGGGCAGUUUUUCUUUUCUAUUGAUUUCUUUUUUUUUUCUGGGGAUUCUUCAGGCCAAAAAAUAUCAAGAAAUGCAGUGCUUAUUUUUCGAUUUUGUGGUUGUAAUUGCGCACUUUGCGGCACUGGCGUCACACUUAUUUUAAUGAUGUCACUAAGAAUAACUAGUGGGUUGAUGAUAUAGAAAAUCUCAAAUUUAUUAUAUCCCCAGAAAUUAACCAUCUGCUCAAAAAUGACCAUUACCUUAUUACCUAAUUAUUUCUACUAAGUCCACUUACCUUUCUUUUUAGAAUACAACAGUAACUUAAAAAACAGAAAUAUUCUUCUAAUGGGUACUUGUUACACAUUAACCUAGAAAGCAAUUGAAGCAUAGAAGGAAACAGCAUGGACAUGAGGAUGAGUCCGGGCAUUGAGCAACAAGGCGAACACCUUCCUUUCGCCUUCAAAAUGGGAUCCACCGGAACCAAAGGAGCCGGUAAUCAAGUGGUUGUCAAUCCCCCGGUCAGCAUAGGCUCCGAUGGGGCCCAAGUCGCCGAAUUCUCAGACCCCAACAAGGAGUUGUUCGUUCUGAGGAUUGGCAAAAAGUCUGAGGGGGCCGACAAGAAGCAAACUCUUGAGCUGGAACUUUGUACACCAAAAGGGCCCGAACUGAAGCCUAUACCUCGAAAGGAGACUCGAGACACUCAAUACGAUAACAAAGACACCACAUCGUUAGGUAGCAAGAAGAGUGCUCAGUCUAAAAAGAAGAAAUAG